CUCUUUUUCUUACUACUCCCCCCUCUCUACAUUAAUACCUCCUUUACUUUAACUAAAAAGAGCUAAAGUAGAUAAUGUUGUCCUCAAGUCAUAUUAUCAGAGCUGCCAAGGCUGUUGCCCCUGCUGUCAAGACUCACGCCCGUACCUAUGCUAAGGCUAGCACUAACUGGGCUGCCCAAAAGGUUUCCAUGUCCAACCUCGAAAAGGAUAAAUACAUCAACUACCAAAGAAUCGAAGACAACCUCGAAGUUGUUCGUAGAAGAUUAAACCGUCCUUUGACUCUCUCUGAAAAGGUUGUCUAUGGUCACUUGGAUGAUGCCGAAAACCAAGACAUUGUCCGCGGUAAGUCCUACCUUAAGCUUCGCCCUGAUCGCGUUGCCUGUCAAGACGCCACUGCUCAAAUGGCUCUCCUUCAAUUCAUGUCUGCUGGCCUCCCUAACGUUGCUGUCCCUACCACUGUUCACUGUGAUCACUUGAUUGAAGCUCAAGUCGGUGGUGCUAAGGAUUUGGCUCGUGCCAUUGACAUCAACAAGGAAGUCUAUGACUUCUUGGCUACUGCUACUGCCAAGUACAAUAUUGGUUUCUGGAGACCUGGUUCCGGUAUUAUUCACCAAAUCAUUCUCGAAAACUAUGCUUUCCCCGGUGGUCUCAUGAUCGGUACCGACUCUCACACCCCUAACGCUGGUGGUCUUGGUAUGGUCGCUAUCGGUGUUGGUGGUGCUGAUGCCGUCGAUGUCAUGGCUGGUGUUCCUUGGGAACUCAAGUGCCCCAAGACCAUUGGUGUCAAGCUUCACGGUAAGCUCAAUGGCUGGACCUCCCCCAAGGAUGUUAUCCUUAAGGUUGCUGGCAUCUUGACUGUCAAGGGUGGUACUGGUGCCAUUGUCGAAUACCUCGGUGAAGGUGUUGACUCUAUCUCUUGUACUGGUAUGGCUACCAUCUGUAACAUGGGUGCUGAAAUUGGUGCCACUACUUCCAUGUUCCCCUUCAACAGCCGUAUGGGUGAUUAUCUCCGUGCCACCAACCGUGCUGCCAUCGCCGAUUACGCUCAACAAUUCUCUCAUAACCUCCGUGCCGAUGAAGGUGCUCAAUAUGACGAAUUGAUUGAAAUCGACCUUAACAAGCUCGAACCCCACAUCAACGGUCCUUUCACUCCCGAUUUGGCCACUCCUCUUUCCAAGUUCAAGGAAACUGCCAAGGCUAACGGCUGGCCCGAAGAACUCAAGGUUGGUUUGAUCGGUUCUUGUACCAACUCCUCUUACGAAGACAUGGCUCGUUCCGCUUCUCUUGUUAAGCAAGCCUCCGAACACGGCCUCAAGGUCAAGUCCAAGUUCACCAUUACCCCUGGUUCUGAACAAAUUCGUGCCACCAUCGAACGUGACGGCAUUAUGGACAUUCUUACCAACUCUGGUGGUGUUGUCCUUGCCAACGCCUGUGGUCCUUGUAUUGGUCAAUGGGACCGUCAAGAUAUCAAGAAGGGUGACAAGAACUCCAUCAUCACUUCCUACAACCGUAACUUCACUGGUCGUAACGAUGGUAACCCUGCUACCCACGCUUUCGUCGCUUCUCCUGAAAUCGUCACUGCCUUGGCUAUCGCUGGUGACAUGACCUUCAACCCCAUCACUGAUUCCCUUACUGGUGCCGAUGGUAAGCCCUUCAAGCUUGACCCUCCCAACGGUAACGAAUUGCCUCCUCGCGGUUACGAUGCUGGUGAAAACACCUACCAAGCUCCUCCUGCCAAUGGUGCUGAAGUUCAAGUCAAGGUCGACCCCAAGUCCACCCGUCUUCAACUUUUAGAACCCUUCGAAAAGUGGAACGGUCAAGACAUCAAGGAAGUUCCUAUUUUGAUCAAGGUCAAGGGUAAGUGUACUACCGAUCACAUCUCUAUGGCUGGUCCUUGGUUGAAGUACCGUGGUCACCUCGACAACAUUUCCAACAACAUGUUGAUUGGUGCUGUCAAUGCUGCUAACGAUAAGGUCAACUCCGUCUUGAACGUCUUCACCAAGGAAUAUGCUGGUGUUCCUGAAGUCGCUCGUGACUACAAGAAGAGAGGUGUUAAGUGGGUUGUUAUCGGUGAUGAAAACUAUGGUGAAGGUUCUUCUCGUGAACACGCUGCUUUGGAACCCCGCCACUUAAACGGUGCUGCUAUCAUCACCAAGUCCUUUGCUCGUAUCCACGAAACUAACUUGAAGAAGCAAGGUAUGCUUCCUCUUACCUUCGCUAACCCUGCUGACUAUGACAAGAUCGACCCCACCGACAAGGUUGACAUCAUUGGUUUGACCGAUUUCCAGGAAGGCAAGCCCUUGACUCUCCGUGUUCACAAGAACAACGGUUCUUCCUUAGAUAUCACUUUGAACCACACUUUCAAUGCCGGUCAAAUCGAAUGGUUCAAGCACGGUAGCUGUCUUAACUACAUGAAGGUUCAAACUGCUGCCUCUCAAUAAAUUAUUUCAGUUGCAUAUUGUAUUUGUUAGAUAAUGUAAUAAAGAGUAAAUAAACUACUUUAAGCCUUUUUUAUUUUAAUUUCUAUUCUGUAUGCAGAAGUUAAACAAUAAUAUCGGC